AUGUCUAUUAUGGAUUAUAACGGUGGCUCCGUGAUCGCCAUGGUGGGCAAGGAGUGCGUCGCCAUCGCCUGCGACCUGCGCCUAGGGAACCAGGCGCUGGGCAUCGCGUCCGACUUUGAGAAGAUCUUCCAAAUGACUGACCGGAUAUUCCUGGGCCUCCCCGGUCUCGCGACGGAUGUAACAACACUGAAGGAGACGUUCCGCUUCCGGGUGAACAUGUACACCAUCAAAGAGGAGCGCGAGAUCGAGCCGGAGACGUUCGCGCACAUGGUCUCCUCCGCGCUCUACGAGCGCCGCUUCGGCCCGUACUUCAUCGAGCCCGUCAUGGCCGGGCUGCAGAAGCUGCCGUCGGGCGAGUACAAGCCGUACGUCGCUGGCGCGGACCUCAUUGGGUGCCUCAACUUCGCCAAGGACUUCAUCGUCGCCGGCACCGCGUCGACCAAGCUGUUCGGUGUCGCGGAAGGCCUGUGGGAGCCCGAUCUGGAGCCGGAGGACCUGUUCGAGACGUGCGCGCAGACGCUGAUGAACGCGGUCGACCGGGACGCGUACUCGGGCUGGGGGGCGGUCGUGUAUGUUUUGACCAAGGACAAAGUGAUCAAGCGCACGCUCAAGGGCCGCAUGGACUAG